UUAUAGUAUGCAUGACUCAAAAAUCCCUAUUGUCCCCUAUAUCAUGUACAGACGCCAAUCUUUUUGGAAUCCCGGUGAAAAUCACGAGAGCAAAUAUUUAGAGAAUGAUUCAAAGAGUUAUUCAUCUUUUGUGGUACAAUUGUAAUCAAAAUUUUUGCUUUUUCGAAAUACUGCGCAACUUGAAAGGUAUCUCGAAUUUAUCCAGAAAAAAACAUUUUCCGCCUAAAACUAACGUGUUAUCUCUGAAUGAAUUGAGAUUGAGUGUUAAGACUGUCGGCCAUUCAACAGUUCCAAUCAUCAAUCCAAAUGAGAGCCCUAUAAAGAAAUAAAUUCAUUAAUUGUUAAUUAAUCCCGGUGAAUUUUCUUAACGAUGGCAAUUUAAUUCCACCCACAAAAAUGAUUGCCUAUGUGAUUCUUCUCGCUCCUCCAUCCACUCAGUCAUUUCUUUCCGUCAAAUACAUUAUCAUUGGAAUAUGUCAUAUGGUAACGUAAUUCAUUAAUCACCUCUAGAGCAUUAUGAGGGCGAAAAGAGCAAGUCUAUUAAGGUGGGUGUAUGCUAGGUCUCCCCAGCUGAGAGUUAUAGGUUUUUUCUGGGUGAGGGAAUGAGAAGAAAAAUUUGCCCGAAUAAGACGAUUGGCAUCUUAUCGAAAUCCCUUGAGAGAGUGAAUGUAAUUCACACAAAUAGAAAAAAAACUUGGGAAGAUAAGACGUUGGUGGAUGGCAAAAAGGUCUCACAGUGUUCAGUUGGGUUCAGUUCAUAUAAAAGUGAAUCGUCGGAAGUGGAGAACGAUCAACGAUCUCUGGCUCAGUCCCAAGAAGCUAUGACAGCUCUCGUGCCAUCAGGAUCAGCCUUGGCACUAAACCACCCAAGCACACAGAACCAGGAGCUUUCUCUAUCCCGCAGACCGUCGGUCUUGCUCCAAGAGAUCCUCUCCACAAGACGACCAUCCGCAAUUAUGGCCGCCCUAACGCGUCCUCAGCGGCAGCGUCUCAAUCAACUCGAUGCCCUUCAAGAAAAUCCAGACAUGAGGAGAGGCAGUGUGCGAACCCUCAAUGGAUUCCUGCCAACACAUCAUGCUCCUGGAGGAGCUCAUUCAGAAUUAGCACAAGAAUUCAAGAGGAAGAACCGACGGAUCGGAGAUGAUGCUCUGAGCACGGCUCUUUCGGCUCUCUACUGCAAACUGCUCGUUGUGAUGGGUAUUGCAAUGCCAGUCACUGAGAUUCUUUCGGCAAGGAUACCUCCGAAUUUCUACCAAGGAUUCUACGUCUAUCUCUACGCAGUUAGCAUUGCUUUCGUGGUAUUUAUCUACGCUACGCACUUGAGGACGAGAGCUGUAUUUUCCCUCCUUAAAGAUUACCAUGAAAAAGCCAAUAAUACGCAACACAUAAAGAAGCGAGCCGCGCACUUCGGGAGCUUCUAUUUACGUGUGGGCGCUAUUGCCUUUGCAAUUGGUACAAUGGUGUACUCAGGCCUUGAAUUUGGCCAGUACUUUGAGCUCAAUGGGAAUCCAGGAUGCUCAAAUAUCUACAUGGCACUCACGCCAAUCGCUCGGAUGCUGCUGUGCAUCAUUCAGAUGAAAUUCAUCUUCCUCAACACAACAGAACUCGACAUGGCCAGGCACAAAGUCAUAGCUAGAUUUGGCUUGAUGCAUAUGGUGGCCACUAAUCUCUGCGAAUGGCUCUAUGUCCUUGUGGAGGAAACCAAGCAUGAGAUCUUCCAUCUCUCACAUGAUCCACAUGGAAAUUCUAUCGCAGCUAUCCUUUCCACGACAGAAACUCCUUCGAUUUCAGGAGAUGCCGAAAGUAUCCUCCUGAAUUCAACUGCAACCUCUGUGCACAACAUCACAAAGAGAUCGGCAUUUGAGGACUACAAAGCAGAAUGCCACAGAACAAACAUCAUGGGAAGCCUGGUACAGAAUGCCUCACCAUUCCUCUUUCCCUGCACCAUUGAGUACUCCCUGAUUUGUGCUGUGAUCCUCUAUGAGAUGUGGAAGCAAGUCAAGACCAUUCCCAAUAUCGAGAAGAGCCGUAGGAACUCUCAGAAACCCCACACAAAGAGUGCUCAUCACUUCUCUGUGGACUGCGCCAGGGCCCAUCGAGGGAUGUUUGCUGGAAUUCUAGUCAUUGUACUCACCAUCAUCUGCCUAAUUAUGUUCUUCGUCCUUCACGAUGUCGACCAGUACAAAUUGGUUGCCAUUCAGGAGGUCACCAUCUGUGAAAUCCUUAUGUACAGUGUCACCACAAUGGCCGUCCUGGCAGCAAUGUACAAAAUGAGAGACUUACGAUAUCAGCAAAAGAUCAAAGAUAGUCACCAUGCCAGCACAGUGAGCCUCGACUGUACCCUACUGGUCUUGGCCCAGAGCGGCGUCUACGUCUACGCCAUGUUCAGCAUAAUGGGCUGUUACUUCGCAAUGGAAGCCGAUAUUCCUGGCAGCAGGGAUGGUUUCAUUGCGGAAAUCCUUUCUCUUCUGCAGACCUCCAUGCAGACGCUCUUCGUGCUCAAUGCCAGUUGGCGUCGCUGUCGAGGAUCUCAGCAGAAUCGAACGAAACCCGGUCGGGAGAUUGUGACCUUCCUACUGGUGGCCAACAUGUCCAUGUGGUUCAUCAACACCCUUAUCAAAGGACAUGCAGGUUUUCGACCUACUCACCUCAAUUUCUUCGGGGUCUGGGCAUGGACAGUCAUUACACAUGUCUCAAUGCCUCUGGCCAUCUUCUAUCGCUUCCACUCCACGAUAUGCCUUUUUGAGAUUUGGAAAUCUGCGUACAAAGUCAAAAGUGACCACUAGCGAGUAGUUCUGGGGUGUUUUAUAUUGAAAUUAAAUAAAUUAUUUAUUCAAAAGAA